AUGGCCCCCAGCGCACCGCCGCCCUGCCGCGCCGGGGAGCGGGCGCGCCGCUGCAGGGCCCUGGAGGCUCCUGGCCCUGGCCUGCUCUCCGCCUCCUCCGUGUGUGCGGCCGCCCCGGGCGCCGGGGAGAGCAGGAGGAGGAAGCGCCGGCUGGGAAAUCAAGUGCUUGAAAUGUUUGAUCAUGCAUAUAGCAAUUAUAUGGAACACGCGUAUCCCGCUGAUGAACUCAUGCCUUUAACGUGUCGUGGUCGAGUCCGGGGUCAGGAACCGAGUCGAGGGGACGUGGAUGAUGCCUUGGGAAAGUUUUCACUGACCUUGAUUGAUACCUUGGACACUCUUGUGGUGUUAAAUAAAACCAAAGAGUUUGAAGAGGCUGUAAAAAAAGUAAUAACGGAUGUUAAUUUAGAUAAUGACAUCGUUGUGUCUGUCUUUGAAACCAACAUAAGAGUCCUUGGAGGUCUCCUAGGUGGGCAUUCAGUGGCAAUUAUGCUGAAAGAAAAAGGUGAAUAUAUGCAGUGGUACAACGGUGAACUCCUGCACAUGGCAAAGGAGCUGGGCUACAAGCUUUUACCUGCCUUCAACACCACUAGUGGUCUCCCUUACCCAAGGGUUAACUUAAAAUUUGGUGUAAGACAUCCAGAAGCACGAACAGGAACAGAAACUGAUACCUGUACAGCUUGUGCUGGUACCUUGAUCCUUGAGUUUGCAGCUUUAAGCAGAUUCACAGGAACAUCUAUAUUUGAGGAAUAUGCCCGGAAAGCUCUUGAUUUUAUCUGGGAGAAGAGGCAGCGCAGCAGCAACUUAGUGGGUGUCACUAUCAACAUUCACACUGGAGACUGGGUCCGAAAAGAUAGUGGAGUUGGAGCAGGAAUAGAUUCCUAUUAUGAAUAUUUAUUAAAAGCCUAUGUCUUGCUGGGAGAUGACAGUUUCCUGGAAAGGUUUAACACGCACUACGAUGCCAUAAUGAGAUACAUCAGCCAACCACCUCUUCUUCUUGAUGUUCAUAUUCAUAAACCCAUGCUAAAUGCUCGCACCUGGAUGGAUUCUUUGCUGGCUUUCUUCCCUGGUUUGCAGGUGUUGAAGGGCGAUAUUAGACCUGCAAUUGAAACUCAUGAGAUGCUUUAUCAGGUUAUAAAAAAGCAUAACUUUCUUCCAGAGGCAUUCACAACAGACUUCAGAGUUCACUGGGCUCAGCAUCCUCUAAGGCCUGAAUUUGCUGAAAGCACUUACUUCUUGUAUAAGGCUACGGGAGACCCUUACUAUCUAGAAGUAGGAAAAACCCUCAUUGAGAACUUGAACAAGUAUGCCAGAGUUCCUUGUGGGUUUGCUGCAAUGAAGGAUGUCCGCACGGGAAGUCAUGAAGACAGAAUGGACUCGUUCUUUCUGGCUGAGAUGUUUAAAUACCUGUACCUGCUGUUUGCUGACAAGGAAGACAUGAUUUUCGACAUAGAAGAUUAUAUCUUCACUACAGAAGCUCAUCUAUUGCCACUUUGGCUCUCCACCACAAACCAAACCAUCUCCAAAAAAAACACAACCACAGAGUACACAGAGCUGGACGACAGCAACUUUGACUGGACCUGUCCCAACACCCAGAUUCUUUUCCCGAAUGACCCGAUGUUUGCUCAGAGCAUUCGUGAACCUCUGAAAAACGUGGUGGACAAGAGCUGUCCCAGGGGGAUUUCCAGAGUAGAAGAGAGUUUGGGAAGUGGACCAAAACCACCGUUGAGAGCCAGAGAUUUCAUGGCCAGUAAUCCUGAGCACUUGGAGAUACUGAAGAAGAUGGGAGUCAGUUUGAUCCAUCUGAAAGAUGGACGGGUGCAAUUAGUGCAGCAUGCAGUGCAAGCAGCAAGUUCCCUGGAUGCUGAGGAUGGCUUACGGUUCAUGCAGGAGAUGAUUGAACUCUCCAGUCAGCAGCAGAAAGAGCAGCAGCUCCCUCCUCGUGCUGUUCAGAUUGUUUCCCAUCCCUUCUUUGGCAGGGUGGUCUUGACUGCUGGGCCAGCACAAUUUGGGAUGGACUUAUCCAAACACAAAGCAGGGACAAGAGGAUUUGUUGCAACCAUUAAGCCAUAUAAUGGAUGCUCAGAGAUCACUAAUCCUGAGGCAGUGAAAGAGAAAAUUGCUCUGAUGCAGAGAGGCCAAUGUAUGUUUGCUGAAAAAGCACGAAACAUUCAGAAAGCUGGAGCCAUAGGAGGCAUUGUUAUUGAUGACAAUGAGGGCAGCAGCAGUGACACAGCUCCUCUCUUCCAAAUGGCUGGGGAUGGAAAGAAUACAGAUGAUAUCACAAUUCCCAUGCUCUUCCUCUUCAACAAGGAAGGAAACAUUAUCCUGGAUGCAAUCCGGGAGUACGAGGCUGUGGAGGUGCUCCUGUCUGAUAAAGCAAAAGACAGAGACUUGGAAAUGGAGAAUAUGGACCAGAAAUUAACUGAAAACGAUUCACAUAAGCAGAAUGCAGAGGAAGCUGCUUCAGGAUCUCAGGAUGUUGGUGCAGCCAGUGAGGAGCCCGAGGAAGGAGGAGAGAGCUCAGAUGUUGCUGACCCUGGUUCUUUAUCUCCUGCUAACGCAGACAGUGCCAGUGUUCCCAUUUCACAUCAGGAUUCCUACGUCCCUGGGACCGAGGAGGCCGGUGCUCCAGAGCCAGCAUGUACAUCAGGGGAUAACCAGCCUCAGGAACAACAGACUGAGACAGAGUCAAAUUCCAAAGUUAACUGGGAUAAUAAAGUCACACCUAUGGAAUCCAUAUUAGCAGACUGGAAUGAAGAUAUAGAAGCAUUUGAAAUGAUGGAAAAGGAUGAGCUAUGACUUGUAAUAGUAACUUAUUUGUUAAUAAACAAAUGGAGACCUCUUUGGGUAGGAGUGAGGCCCUGAUAUCCAAGCAAACAUAUUCAGUAUUGUGAUGAGCAGCCAGGUGUUUCCUGGGGAACACCACAGAGACCCCACACGUGCUUUGUAUCUUUUAAUUCCUCCUGGUUCAAAAUGGGAGCGUGCAAUCCAAGCCUUGGUGUGGCCCCACGGCUGGGGCUGGAGCCCAGGCAGGGAAGGAGCCCCAUUCCUGCCUUCCAGGCUCCGGGAGGACACGCUCCCCUGGGCCCUGGGAAGCAGAAGCUGAGCAGGGGGGUGACAAACCAGCACCGGUUAUUGACGGCGGCACUGGGAGCUCCCCCGGUGUCCUGCUGGACCCUUCCCCAGCUGGAAUCCUGGGCAACAGCAGCAGGGGAAAUGGUUCCCAGUUGUCGUGUCUUUAAGGCAGAGCUGGGAGCAGUGUGGUUUUGUCCUGACAUAUCAGACCCAGCAGUGUUGCUCAUCACCCCAUCCCACGAUGCCGUGGGAGCUUUCCCUCCUGCUCCCAUCCAAACCAAAGGCACUGUGUGAGCAGGUUCCACCAGGAACACUGAGCCAGCCGUGGGGCCCACCAGGAAAAGGUGAGGGAAGGUCAUGCUUGAGGCUGAGGUAAAGUGGACAAGGCAGGUGUUGAGUCCCAGGUAUUUCCUUUGGCCUCCCAGGUUGAAAGACUCCAGUCUGCCCUGAGAUACAGAAUUGAAAUGGAGAGGACACAGAGCUACAUCAGCUGUAACAAAUCCUUCCUUUUUCUACAAGUUUGACUUCUAACAGCUUGACUUUGUUGUCGUUCUUUUUAUAUGCAACUUCUGUAUGUGUGAUAUUUAAGGCAGGGAGGCCAAUGCCAGUAGGGAAGUGCAACAGUUUGGGCUGUUGGGUCGAUAGUUCAGAGCCCAGGGAUGUUACUCUGGGCUCUGGAGUUUGUUACAGGUAAGUGUGAGUCCUAAUUUGUUAUCCCCAUUGUGAAAAACUAUUUAAAUAAAAAUGGGGAAGUUUAAACAACGUAGAGACAUUUUGACUGUGUCCAAAGAAACUGCCAAAAACUAAUUAACUUGAUUUAUAUAAACUGCUUUUAGUGAAUUGUGGUUUAAGGAAUUGUUUUAUAUUAAAGAUUAAAUGAACACUGCCUAUAUGCUGCACCAGGCUAAAAAUGAAGGGUUACAUUUGUGGUUACGAUGGAAUAAACAGAAAAGAAAGCCCCACUCUGAACUGCACCUUUGAUUUAGCUGGUGAAAUUAUAUGUGCUGAAUAUGCAACUGUUAAUUAGCACAGCCAUACUGUAUGUAUUUAUACUCCUGUACAGUGAGCAGAGCAAUCCCAGGCAAUGUUGUAUCCAUGUAUCCAAGCCACACUUGCUUUCAAGAGUCUCACAAUGCACAGGCACCUUCUGAGAGCAUGGCAGUCCAUCCAGGGACAUCCAUAACUUCACGUCUCUAGGGUAGGAGGGAGCUGAGGAAGAUGAGUGAAAAAGUGUCCUUUGAAAUUUUAAAUGUAGUUCUAAUUCCUUUGCACAAAUAACUGGAGGUUUGGACUGGAGAGCAGGGCUUAAAGCAGCUGGGGUUUUCAGUUGGGAAUGUUUUUAUUUAUGCUUUUAGUUACACGAGUUUCUUCACGUGAAGCAUUUGACCAUGGGAGCCUUGUAAGUGUCCUUGGUUCCCUGGAGCCCUGGAAGUGCCCGGGCUUGAAGGGACCUGACCAGGACCAAACCCUUCAGGGUGCAGAUCAAACGUUUUCCCUCGGAUAAUUCCUUUGAUCUGUCAGUGCUCAGUGCCACAAAGGAGCAUUUCUGUUCCCAUGCUCUUUGACAUGGACAUCAUCUUCAUUCUUGUAGCUCUUUUGGUGACAAUAGUUAUUUUUAUAUCUCAGAGGCCUCUGGUCGUUACUGUGUCAAUACAGCAGCUCAAGCUUUUCUUUUUUUACUUGCAGAUUUAGGUGUAGUGUCAAAUUUUAUGAAAACAUUAACUUCCUUUGCCAUCACCAGCUCCUUUUUAUUUAACUGCUUUCUCUGCACCUAUUGCUAAAGCAGCAGAUGUUACCUUGUAAGGGAUUUCCAGUGAUCCCAGAACUCCGGGUGGAUUUGACGCAGCGUUUUGGUGGUGGCCUACCUCAGAUAACUGUUGCCUCCUUCCUUUGGGUUGGUGUUUUUCUUGUUUCAGUUAGUUCUACUUUCCCUUUGAAACCAUCAUGAGAGCCAUAGCUUUGUUUACAGAACUGAAUCAGGGAAGGUUGACCUUUUGGGAAAGAGGAUUAAAUUGGGGAAGAGUUUUAUUCAGGUUAUUUUCACUUUGUAUUUCCUUACGAGGACAUAGGCUUUAGUUUAACCUGUUCAUAUCAGCCUGGAAAUAAGUCAGUUUUCUGUUACUGUCAUCUUAAAAAGCAAAAAGAAUGUAUUUAUCAAAAAAAAAAAACCCUUUUGGAGAAAGGAGUGAGUGUUCUUCCCAAAUUCUUGGAAGGCUGCUCCCUUCGUAAGGAAUGUUGCUCGUACAUUAAUCAGUAACUGCCCUUCCUUGUGUAUAGCAUUGUACAUUUACUUGUAUGGGAUUGAACACUGAAGAAUUCAGGAAUCACAGCUGAAACUAGCACUUAUUCCAUGCCAUGUAAUUCAGAUCAGCCAAUUAAUUUCUUAUUUGAUCUUAAAGGAAUCUUAAUUGUUUACAUUUAUUGUUUCUUAAUGAAGUUUCAGAAUGAGCCCAGCUUUGGUUCUCCUCCUCCUGCCAGUGUACCUGAACAGACACCAGUAAGGGUGUGUUGAGAGGCUGAAAACAGGACAUCUUAUGCAACAGGCAUCAGUCAGAACAUAGAAAACAAACCAUUCUGUGAAUGAAAUAUUGUAUGUUCAGAUUUUAUAAGAUUUCAGUUUCAUUUUUUUAGCCAGCCCAAUUUACAGCCGUAUAUUUUCUUAUGAAAGAUGUCUAAUAACAGGUGCUGUAACACUAUUGUUGGGUUUUACUCUCUGGUGAUAUGUGUAUACAAUAUUUCUAAGGGCAACUAUGUACUGUGAUGUAAAAGUCUGGGCUAAAAUGUAUAUAAUCCGUGUACAUAAUUGUGUACUUGAUUAUAACUGCUGAUUGUAAAGAUUUAAUAAAAUGUAAAUAUUCUGGUCAA